UCAUACGCGUGUACACAGACCAUGGCGCUGUACAGCUCUGUGUGACAGGUUAGCGUCUGAAACAAACCUCCGGACAGGCCAACGCGUCUGCGCACUGUUUUCCGCUGCCGACAGCAACGGCGGGCUUACAACAAGGAUGGGGUCCCGAAUCAAGGAGAGCCCUGAGUCCACUUUUGAGGUGUAUCUGGAAGUAGUCCACCCAGGCACACACAGCUCUGGGCCGGAGGUGCGAAGGCAGUUCCCUGAAGACUACACAGACCAGGAAACUCUUCAGACUGUGCCCAAGUUCUGCUUUCCCUUCAGCAUGGACAGUCUGACAGCAAAUCAAGUCGGCCAGAACUUCACAUUUGUGUUGACUGAUAUUGAGAGCAAACAGAGAUUUGGCUUCUGUCGCCUCUCCUCAGGAGCCCAUACCUGCUAUUGUUUUCUCAGCUACCUGCCCUGGUUUGAAGUCUUCUACAAGCUGCUUAAUAUUCUUGCAGAUUACACCAUCAAAGGCCAGGAAAGUCAGUGGCAAGAGAUCCUGGUGUCACUACAUACACUCCCUAUCCCUGAGCCAGGGGUCCCUGUUCAUCUUGGUGUGCAUUCCUUCUUCACUGUGCCUGACACAAGGGAACUCCCUAGCAUACCUGAGAAGAGAAACCUAACAGAGUACUUUGUAGCAGUAGAUGUCAAUAACAUGCUUCAUCUGUACGCUAGUAUGCUUUAUGAACGUCGAAUCCUCAUCUGCUGUAGCAAACUAAGCACUUUAACAGCUUGUGUCCAUGGGUCGACAGACAUGUUAUAUCCAAUGCACUGGCAACAUGUUUACAUUCCUGUCCUGCCUCAACACCUAUUAGACUACUGCUGUGCCCCAAUGCCAUACCUCAUCGGAGUACAUUCCAGCCUGAUGGAGAAAGUUCGAGGGAUGGCUCUGGAUGAUGUGGUGGUCCUGAACGUGGACACAAACACCCUGGAUACACCCUAUGAUGACCUCCAAAGCCUGCCCAAUGAUGUGGUCUCAUCUUUGAAGAGUCGUUUGAGGAAGGUUUCAACAACAACUGGGGACGGUGUGGCUCGAGCCUUCCUCAAGAGUCAGGCGGCUCUGUUUGGCAGCUACAGAAACGCUCUGCAGUUUGAGGCGGGAGAGCCAAUAACAUUUAAUGAGGAAACCUUUGUGAACCAUCGUUCCAGUGCCAUGAGACAGUUCCUCCAGAAUGCCAUUCAGCUGCAGCUCUUCAAACAGUUCAUUGAUGGCCGAUUGGACCUGUUAAACUCAGGAGAGGGUUUCAGUGACAUCUUUGAAGAGGAGAUUAACAUGGGAGAAUAUGCAGGCAGUGACAAGACCUACCACCAGUGGCUGUUCACUGUGAAGAUGAAUGUUUGAGCCUCACUGUGCAGAAUGAUGUAUGUGCAGAGCUUGACACUCGAAGGCUGUUUUCACAUUCAUCUGCUGAAAAUGCUCAUAUGAUUUUAAGGGCUAGGGCUACGAGCCUAUGUUGGUGGCUUAUGUAGCCUAUGUUUGAACCAUUUAAUUAAAAUAUGUCUGCAUAUCAAAAGCCAAAAACUCGAAUAUGUCGUUCAUUCUUUGAAGUAAUGAAAACAUUGCAACAAGAAGAAAACACAUUUUUGAGUGGAGGAGGAUUAAGUUAUUGUCAACCAUGGUUUUUAAAACCUUACAACCUGCACCUGACCCCCUAUGAGAGCCAAGCCAUCCCGCAGCGCCGCUGUCCGAGGUGCUGAACAGGUACUGUAGGCCAGAUGCUGCAGAGAAAUCCGUAUUAACAAGAGGCAGAAUCCAAUUAAACGACAUAUUUGCUGCCACAGAGUAAUUCUGUGAACUGACAAGGAAUGACCAGUGUGUGUAUGUGUGUAUGUUUGUGUUUCUGUAAGUUAUUUCUAACUUACUCAGAACGCUGCUGUGUCACUUUCUGACCUGACCUGCGGGUUGCUUGUCAACACACGCAUGACUAUUGGCAGGUGUAUAAGUAAACAAACAAACAACAACAACCACAAAGAUCAUUAUUUAGUCUCAUAUUACAUUUGUGGGAAGUUAUUACAGUUUAGAUUUUCACUUUGCCACAUAUGUAAUAAGUUCCUGCAAAUGUAAUAGUUAUUACAUUUGCGGAAAAUUGUGUGAUACGUUUGUAGUAGGCAGCUGCUAUUACGUUUGUGGGAAAUUUAUUACAUUUGCAGGAUUAUUACAUUCAAAGCUGCAGAUUUGUAUUACGUUUGUGGUUUAUUACGUUUGUGGGCUGUUUAUUACGUUUGCGGGUGUAACAGUCCCCCCAUACCUUUACCACCACAACCAGGUCAAAUGUUGCCCCAAACGAAUCCAUGAUGAUGGAUCUCAAGUCAACUACUGAUGGCUAGGUUUGCUGGCAAUGUGCUGCACAUAUUUAUCAUCAAGAUAUUUCUCUCCAGGAUGAGUCUAACUGUUUUUUGGAACCCCUUGACUUUCCUUCUAGGACCACCAUCAGGUUCUACACAAGAAAUAUACAAAUCAAAUCCAGGACUGUGAUGACAGUUGACAGAACCUGGGCAUUUCAGUCACUCAGUGAUUUAUAAAAUUCAUUUUCAGGGGAAUGUUACAAAUUCCACUCUCAUGGGCAGUUUAAUUGGCAACUUUGCAGACAGGUGCAAAGUAACAAAAACUUGAUUUACUCUGACUCUUAGUCACCUUUGACCAUAUCCAUGCUUCCCAAAGAGUAAAACUUCUUCAUUUUAGUAACUCCAAGGUCAUGAUCAGGAUGUAUCUCACCCUUUAACAGGUAUUUUCCAGACUCUAUAGCAUUAUCAGCCUGCGUAAAGUGAAGGCUAUGGACCUCAUUCACAAUUCAAGUAAACACAAGAAGUUUGUGCUCUAGAGAAAGGAUCAGCACUCAGUGAAUAACCUCCUAAGCCCUAUGAUAAGCUAUUACGGCAAGGCUUAACUGUACAGACCAGUGAGCAGUGAUAACUAACAUGUCUUUGGGGUCAUCAGGUGCGAACCUCCUUUCACCAGUGUUUCAUCUACUUGGUCCCAUGACACCUCCAGGAGGCUAGGCAGUGAUCUCUGGUGUCCCCUAAUGCCAGGUUUCACUGCUCCCCGCACCAAUGCAAUAACCUCCUUUACCUUACUUACACAUGGCUUUCUCAGCCCAAACAGCACCGCCGACCUUCAACCAAACCCAGGCUCUGUACAUGCAAGCUCCAGGUAGAAGCAGUGCUGAUAAUACCUUUCCUAGCACAUUCACCAUACUCUAUUUCACACGCUACAUAACAUAACUACAAUAUAAGCUAAAGUUAAAGGAGAUAAAUAAACUCACAGGAUCAGCAAACACACUCACCUUGCAGCAUGGUCUCAAACAAAAGGGAUUCAAAUAGGCCACUCCCACACUUAAAUAACCUUCCUCUUCCUGGAUUUCCUCCUGAGAGGAAGUGGAUCUCUCUACCUGAUCUUAAGGAGUUAUGUACCCUGCUUAGUAGUUCCCCCCGUUGGCCCCCAACUAACAUUAUUUCUUUGCUUCCAGAUCCAUUGGCUACAUCUAACUGCUUCAUCUGACAUUUCCUUCACUGUCUUCCUCAAACUCUGUCCCCGCACUUCGAGUUCCCCCAGGAGUGAGACAGCUGAUCUUGCUAUGAAUCCCGUACACCCCACAAUACCGAUCCGAUCCAAGCGCGUAUUAUACAUAUUCACUUAUUUUGUUGUCAGUCAUGUUAGAAAAGGUUUGAUGAUGCAAUAUUACUCUAACAAGAACAACUACUUAAUCAGGUUAGUUAGAAUGAUCCACAACAGUUGGUAUGAGAAACUGACCCGUUUAUUGUUAACAGGGUUAAAUAAACAAAAUUUUUAAUUUUCUUGAACAUUAACAUUAAAUAAGAAAUAUAGCUGUCUUGCUUUGAUGAAUAAAUAGAAAAUAAAUCAACACAAGAAAUCUUUAAAAUGUCAAACAUUGAAAUUAAAAGAGCAGCAAGACUCCACACACUUGUGCUUUGCCUCCCUAAUAAAUAAAAAAUAGAUUAAGACCACAAGACAUUGUUGACAUUUAACAAACAAUGCAGCCUUUCCUUUUCAGUUAUUUUAGUAGUGUCAGUGCCAGCCUGGUGCUCCUGUUUCCUGGGACCAACAGAGGGGACAAAAAACCACACACAAUAUUGUACAACUGUUUAAACAAGCAAUAGUCCAUCCAUGGCUCCAAUUUCACAAAUUGGGCCCAAAACAAUGCCAUCGGUGCUCUUUUCUUAAACAGUAAGAGUGUAAACCAAAUAAAAAUAUCACUCUCAAAAAACCAGAGCAAAAAACAAAUAGUCAACUAAAUUGACCGCUACUCUUCCUACCCUCCAUGUGUGUGUCUGCCUUCUGCAUGCUGGCCUGGUGGAUUGAUAGUAAGUGCGGAUCACUGGAAUGGACUGCUUGAAUCGCGGAGCGCUGGGCUGGCCGGAAAACAUGGAUCGGACUCCGUGAAAAAAAACUGGAUCGGAGUUCUUGGAUCGGAGUUCUUGGAUUGGCAUUUUAUGAGUGUAUAUAUAUAAAUAUAUACAUAUAUAUAUAUAUAUAUCAAUUAAUCAAUCAAUUUUAUUUAUAAAGCCCAAUAUCAGAAAUCACAAUUUGCCUCACAGGGCUUUACAGCAUACAACAUCCCUCUGUCCUUAGGACCCUCACAGCGGAUAAGGAAAAACUCCCCAACAAAAACCCUUUAACGGGGAAAAAAAAACGGUAGAAACCUCAGGAAGAGCAACUGAGGAGGGAUCCCUCUUCCAGGAUGGACAGACUUGCAAUAGAUAUCGUACAGAACAGAUCAACAUAAUAAAUUAACAGUAAUCCGUAUGACACAAUGAGACAGAAAGAGAGACAGAGAGAGAUGCAGGACCAACGGUAAUGACAGUAGCUUACAACAGCAAUAUGAAAGUAAUAAUAUUUGAACUAAUAUUACAGGCUAUUUUGGUACUAUAUGUUGAAAGUAUAUAUUAAUAUCUGAUAAUAUCCAUAUGUGACAAUAAUGAUAUGUGUAUAAUAACAGUAGAAGUAUGACUAAUGAUAACAGCAGCAGCAGAAGGCAUCUGGCAGGACCACGGCAGCAGCAGGAGGCAUCUGGCAGGACCACGGAGGCAGCACAACCACACCUGUCACACUAUCCAGGCACCGCUGCGAUAUAAGUUAACCUGUGAGACAGUGGAGCACAAAGGCUCUGGAGAAGAAGCCGAGUUAGUUACAUGCAGUAUGGCUGAGUUAGUGAGAUGCAGUAACAGGACAUGAGAGAGAGAGAGAAGGAGAGAAGGUGCCCGGUAUAUUAUAGGAGGUCCCCCAACAGACUAGGCCUAAGUCAGCCUAACUAGGGGCUGGUACAAGCCAAGCCUGAGCUGGCCCUAACUAUAAGCUUUAUCAAAGAGGAAAGUCUUAAGUCUAGUAUUAAAUGUGGAGACGGUGUCUGCCUCCCAGACCACAACAGGAACAUGAUUCCACAGGAGAGGAGCCUGAUAGCUGAAGGCUCUGGUUCCUGAUCUACUUUUGGAGACUUUAGGGACCACGAGUAACCCUGCAUUCUCAGAGUGCAGUGUUCUGGUGGGAUAAUAUGGCACUAUGAGCUCUCUAAGAUACGACGGAGCCUGACCAUUUAGAGCUUUAUAAGUUAACAGUAGGAUUUUAAAUUCAAUUCUGCAUUUUACAGGGAGCCAGUGCAGAGAAACUAAAACAGGAGAAAUAUGAUCUUGUUUCUUAGUUCCUGUUAGUAUAUGUGCCGCUGCGUUCUGAAUUAGCUGGAGAGUUUUUAAAGACUUACUAGAGCUACCUGAUAAUAGGGAGUUACAGUAAUCCAGCCUAGAGGUAACAAAAGCGUGGACCAAUUUUUCUUUAUCUUUUCGGGUCAGGAUAGGCCUAAUUUUUGCAAUAUUACGGAGAUGAAAAAAUGUAGUCCGUGAGGUUUGUUUUAAAUGAGAAUUAAAAGACAAAUCUUGAUCGAAUAUUACUCCAAGGUUUCUUACGGUAGUGCUCAAGGCCAGAGCAAUGCCAUCCAGAGAAACUAUGUCAUCAGAUAAAGAGUCUCUGAGUUGUUUGAGGCCAAGAACAAUAACUUAAGUCAUGUCUGAAUUUAACAUCAGGAAAUUGGUGCUCAUCCAGGUUUUUAUGUCUUUAAGGCAGUUAUGAAGUUUUGUUAAUUGAUUACUUUCUUCUGGCUUCAUCGAUAAAUACAACUGUGUAUCAUCCGCAUAACAAUGGAAAUUUACAGAGUGACUUCUAAUGUUACCUAAAGGAAGCAUAUAUAGAGUGAAUAGGAUUGGUCCGAGCACAGAACCUUGCGGAACUCCAAAACAAACUUUAUUAUGUAAGGAUGAUUCAUCAUGAACGUGAACAAACUGAAAACAAUCAGAUAAAUAAAAUUUAAACCAGCUUAGUGCAGAACCUUUUAGGCCAAUUGUGUCAAGCGCUGCACUAAGAUCUAAUAAAACAAGUACAGAGACAAGUCCUUUGUCUGAAGCAAUCAGAAGAUCAUUUGUAAUUUUAUUUAGUGCUGUCUCAGUGCUAUGAUGCACUCUAAAUCCUGACUGAAAUUCCUCAAAUAAAUUAUCAUGUGUAUAUAUAUAUAUAUA